AUGACAGACCAAGAGUAUAUUCUUUGCACCUGGAAGAAGCGUUUAUGGCCAGCAAAGGUUUUGCGUAAAACUGGAGCUACGAAGGCAGUUUCUUUGGAAGUUGAAAUACUUGGUUUGAAAGAACAGAUCAGUGUGAGCUGUGCACAUGCUGAACCACUGAAGGAAGAGCAUAUAGUGAACAUUGCCUCUAACUUAGAUCAAAGGAAUAGUUUGGAUGAGGCUGUGGAAGAACUGCAGUAUCGCCGGUCUCUUAGAAUUGCUCUGGAUAUUUUGAAUCCAAAUGGCUCACCCAAACAAAUAACACCUUCAGAAAACGGGAAGAGUACUCUGUUCUUCCAGGAGAACCAUCCAGGAUCUCUCUCACAGACCCCUUUACGUAGCUGUCGAGUACUCUUUAAAGAAAAGUUGGACCCUCAGGCGUCCAAGAGGAAAAGAGAAGAAAAAAAGAACCCCAGCCUAAAGACUGAUACAGAAAAAACAAACUGGAAAGGUUCUUUUGUUUUGGAGGAGAGUGCUGAAGCACAUGGAAGUGAAACAAACCUUUCCAGAUGUGAUACUGAGGACUUGUGUAACACACUGAACUCGGAGAGUCAAAACUGCAAAGUACCAGAAUCAGAAUCACUACCAAGACUGAAACCCAUUGAGUCCAGAUUGCUGACAAAGUCCAGAGCAGGAAAUAAAGUCUCCCCUAAACCAAAGGAGGAAAAAAGUAAGCAAGGAAGAAAACAACCAAGCGGUGCAGGAUCUCCUGUGUCAUAUGGGAGUGAUUCCCCCAAGGAUCAGGUACAGCCCUUUGCUGAGGAGGGGUCUGCUCAGUCCAUCCCCUGCACAUCUGGCACAGUGGUACCUGUCAGAAGCGCCAAGACCAGAAGUCAGCUUAGAAGGACAUUACUGGAUUCCUCUUGUAAAAGUGCCUUGGAUGACUUGGAAGAAAGCAUCAGCAGUGAAAGUCUGGCGAAGCACUUAGAUGGAAGGAAAAAGCCAGCGAGUUUGAAACAGGUUAAUGGAGACCGAAAGACCAGCACCACUGCAUCCUCCUACAGGAAAAGGAAAUGCAGGAAUUGCACUGAAUCUUCAUCUGGGCCUUCUGAUCAUGGGAUGCUUUCUGAUAGCAUCCCCUUGCAGUGUGAGGAGGAGGAAAGUAAGAAUACUGCAGAUGUGGUCAUGAAUAAAGUCAAGUCGUUUCAGCUGCCUGACUUUGAGGAGGAUGAAGAACUGGAAUCGUCUGACCUGUCUUCAAAGAUACUUUCCUCAGAGAGUCUCUCUUGCCUCUCACCUCUCGUAGAUGAAGAGGAGGAGGAUGAAGAACUUCCUAGUAUUUUAUCACAUCAAGAACCACAAUCAAUUGAAGAAGGGAUUUUGGUCUGGUGCAGAUUGCGAAGGUACCCGUAUUGGCCAGCAGUGGUAAAAACUGUGAAGCGGAAACACAAAAAGGCCUGUGUGCUGUUAAUAGACGGGAGUACAAAUGACAAGAAAAAAGGUUUCUCAGUAUCUCUUAGGAGUCUGAAGCACUUUGAUUGUGAAGAAAAGCAGGACCUCAUAGAACGAGCCAAAGAAGAUUAUCGCCAGGAAAUUGAGUGGUGUAUUCGACUGAUUUCUGACUAUCGGAUUAGAGUAGGUUGUCAUUCUUUUACGGGAUCCUUCUUGGAAUAUUUUGCUGAUGAUAUCAGCUACCCAGUUAGAAAGAAAAGUUAUCAAGGUUCAGUCCAAAUGACCUUUCCAAAUGCGGCAGGGGAAGACGCUGAAGAGUCUUCAUCAGAAACAUCACUUCAGAAGCCAUCCAGGAAACUUCUUCCUGACAGGACAAGAGCUGCUAGAGAUAAGGCAAAUAAAAAGAUAGUGGAGUUUAUAGUGAAGACUAAGGGGGCUGAAGAGCAUCUUUUGGCUAUUUUGAAAAGCAGAAAACAGUCCCGGUGGCUGAAGGGAUUCCUGAAUUCAAGACAGUACGUGACCUGUGUUGAAACAUACUUGGAGGAUGAAGAACAAUUGGACCUCGUAGUGAACUACUUGAAGGAAGUAUAUCAUGAAAUAGAGGCUAAACAUCUGCAUCACAUCAGUGGAGAUGGAAUAAAAUUUAUUUCAGAUGUCCUUUUGCCUGAAGCCAUAAUUUAUGCAAUUUCUGCUGUGGAUGAUAUAGAUUACAAGAAGGCAGAAGAGAAGUACAUCAAAGGACCAUCUGUGAGCAAAAGGGAGAGAGAAAUAUUUGAUGAAGAAAUUAUAGAAAGAAAGAAGUGGAAGACCAAACUAGCACUUGCAGACGGUGUCUGA